UCUCGCCCUUCUUUCUUAGCGAGCGGACACGCUGCACAGAAAGCGUACUUCACAAGUCCCUUAAUUCAGUCUUCUCUCAUCGCUAUCCCGGUUGCUUCUUCCUAGCUCGCCUAUUCUCUCCCCUCUUUAAAUAUCGGACUUCGUGGCGCCUAAUUUCUGCUCCCCUUCCUUUGCUGGUUUCGUUAGACAACUCAAUGGCUAGCUCCAGUAGCACAAGCAGGACCACCUCCUUUGACGAUCUUGAAAUGUCGACAAAGCGCGCCAAGUUCCAUAGCGGGGACUCACCAGCCUCUGACUCGUCUCAUUCCUUCGCCUAUGACGGAGAGCGAUUAAGCAGAGAACGAAGCAAAGGCGAAGAGCGGUUCGGUGACGAGCAGCCUCGCGAAAAAGUGGAGGAUGAAGAGGCCGUUCAGCGGACUGAAGAAGUCCCUGACACUGUACCACAAUUAACGUUCCCGGACGGAGGAUGGAAGGCAUGGGGCAACAUCGCCGGAUGCACGUUGAUCUCCUUGACCGCUUUCGGUCAAGUAAAUUCGUUUGGCGUCUUCCAAGGUCACUAUGCGACUGACCAGCUUAGUGACCGAACAGCGUCGGAUAUCUCUUGGAUCGGAAGUGUCCAAGUCACACUUUUGUAUAUUUCUGGUCUAUUCCUGGGCAGAGUACUUGACGUGUACGGUGCAAGAGGUCUUCUCACUGCCGGAUGUUUAUUGUCAACUUUCAGUGCCUGCAUGCUCUCACUUUCGAAAACCUAUUAUCAAAUAUUCUUGUCGCAGGCUAUUGGGAUGGGCCUCGGAGUUGCUCUCCAAUUCUAUCCUCUCCUCGUCAUCCCUGCCCACUGGUUCCGAGCCAAACGGGCCGCUGUAGUCGGCAUUGUCGUUGCCGGCUCGUCGCUGGGUGGAAUCAUCUUCCCCAUUAUGCUCUCAAGACUGUUUGACAGCAUUGGCUUUGCCUGGUCGGUCCGGGCCAUGGCACUUUUCAUGUUUGUGGCUCAGGCCAUCAGUAUCCCGUUCAUCAAGGAACGGCUCCCCCCAUCCAAGAAUAAAAAAAUAUUUGAUUUCGGUGCACUAAAGGAAAUCAAGUUUCUACUCCACUGUCUAGGAGGUUUCUUCUCUGCAUUCGCGAUUUUCACGCCAUUUUGGUACAUUGAGCUGUUCAUGCUGAGCCGCGGGUCCAGUGCCAGUCUCGCUUUCUAUUCCAUUGCCAUCAUGAAUGCCGCGGGUAUGGUCGGUAGAAUCUUCAGUGGUUAUAUUGCGGAUCGUUUAGGUCGCUUCAACACUGUGGUACCUAUAGCUGGGUUGCAAACCCUCGCGGUCUUCGCAAUAUGGACAACUUCUAUGCGUAUACCAGAAACCAUCAUAUUUGCCAUUCUAUUUGGCGCAGCCAGCGCCUCUUACCUCUCAAUAGCCUCCUCCUGCGUUGCUCAAAUCACCAAAGACCAAUCACAGAUCGGCACCCGUACAGGAAUGUUCAUGGCCGCUAUGGCACCUGGUAUUCUUGCCGGACCUCCUAUAGCCGGCGCGUUGCUGUCUUUACGAUCGCAGAAGUCGCCGCAUGCAACUGGCGGGGGUGCUGGCGACUUUAGGUAUCUUUGGGCACAAUUCUUUGGCGGCGCGUUACUACUUGUAGGCGCAUGCUUCGAGUUUGCAGCGCGCGUGGCGUGCAGCCGCAAGAUUCGCACGAAGGUGUGAUUCCACAUGCGCAAGUUGCCGACCCACGGGGUGUGCUUCUUUUUCAGUGGAAGAUCUUGGGUGGACCAUGUGUUGGGCGUGAUUCCUGCGGAUUCUUUUCGUUUUUUACUCAGUUUCUCUGGAUGCGGAUGUCUGAUUUGGUGGGCGGGAUCUGAUAUCGUAUUAUUUUUGUUGACCGGAUGGGAAGGGCUUGAGGUGGUUCUUAGGGUUCACUAUUCGCAGCUGAUACGGAACGCCGAGCGCUCGCCCUACAUUGGGCUUCUUCUCCCUGUGCCCGAGGAACAGUUAAGGAGAGUUCGUCCGACUGGGGUCGGAAGCGGAUAUUGCGAGAUAGCGAUGGUCUCAUCAUGGGAUAUUUGCGAUGUCAUUGUGCUGCACUGCUGGCAUGAAGCAAGUGGAACCUUCCAAUGAUUCUUACCCAGAUCCAGUCUUCCUUUCUACCAUUUUUCUUGCAUAUACUUCCUUCCCUUAUUCAGAGGACUUCGUCAACGCCGAUGAUCAUGGUCUACGAAUAAUAAUGUCUUCAUCCGUCAUGAUUGCACAUAGGAACACUGUAUUUGUAUUCACAUUUUUUCUUUCCCCUUUUAACC